GCUCGAUCCAACUUUGGCGGGCGCGUUCCAGCACGGGACACACGGUUACACGCGUCCUCGACUCAUUUCUGGCUGCUCCACGACGCACUAAACCGCGCGACUACGAGCCUUUGCAGCGAGAGGCAUCUGUUGCAAGCAACCAAGGCAACAGCUGCCUAGCGCAGCCAGCCAGCGAGAAAGCAGGCGUCGCCGGCGCGGAAAAGAAAAAAGAUGGGCGGCGACACCACGACCCGCCCGCGGCGCGCGACCUGGGACGUGACGACGCCCGCCGAGUCCAUCGCCAUGAAGCUCGAAAGACUCGACGCCGCGUCGCUGAGGAAAGUCGUCGAAAGAGCCUGCCUCUCCUCAAAAACGGUCCAGCACGCCAUCGACGACGCCCUCCGAAGCAUCGACGCCCCGCCGGCCCCGCCGGACGACGACGCGCGCUUCAAGCCCCUCGCGAAGCAUAGAAGCACCGCGAAAGACGGCAGACCGGACUGCGUCGUCGUCGUCGACCCCUUGUCCACGGGCGCGACGCUGGCCGCGAUGGCGGCGGACCGCGGCUUCCUGAUCGUUAGAGUGCUGUCGCAGGCCUUCCCCGACGAGAUCGCGUCCUGCCUGCCGGACGGUCUGACACUUAAUUGGCACGCGUCGCUUGAGUAUGACGCCGAAAAUCCAUCAAAAACGGUGGAGGCUUUACGCUCAUUAGACGCCCACGUGCUCGGCGUCCUGGUCGGCUGCGAGAGCGGUGUCGAGUGCCACGACGCGCUAACGUCCGCAUUACGAGGCCACCCGUCGAACGGGCCCGAGCGUUCUUUAGCGAGGAGGGACAAGCACCCCAUGGGCGAGUGCGUGAGAAAUGCGGGUCUACGGGCCGUGCGCCAGGAGCUCUGUUCGAACUGGGAUUCUGCGCGCGUCUUCUGCGAAGCCCUAGGCGUCAAUGAUACGGAGACCUCGGCGUGGUGCGUCCUCAAGCCCUGCAAGAGCGCGGGCACGGACGGUGUUUAUAUUGCCAAGAGUCUGGAGGAGUGCCAACGGCGCUUCUCUGAGAUCUUGGGUACGGAGACGGUCUUCGGCGAGAGCAACGACAACGUACUCGUGCAGGAGUUCAUGAAGGGCACGGAGUACGUCGUCGACCACGUGUCCGUCGAGGGCGUCCACAAGUGCGUGGCCAUCUGGCGGUACGACAAGCGGCCUUGUAAUGGGGCGCAGUUCGUUUAUUAUUGCAUGGAGCUGUAUCAAUCGGAGGACGGUGUCCGAGAAUCGAAACUCACGGAAUACGUCCGAGGGGUCCUCGACGCGUUGGGAUGUCGGCACGGCCCCAGCCACGCCGAGGUCAUGUGGCUCGAUUCAUGUGAUGAGCCGUGCCUGGUCGAGGUGGGCUGCCGGCCCCACGGCGGCGAGGGGACCUUCGUCGAGCUGUCGGCUCCGACCAUCGGCUACGACCAACUGUCCGUGAUGCUCGACCUGGUCGAGCGGCCGUAUCGCGUCCAUCGGUUACCGGCUCGACCGGCGCACUUCGAGGGCGGCGCCGUCGAGGUCAUGCUCAUCGCCCACGCGUCGGGCGUCGUCCGGUCGAUUCAUCUCGAGAAAAUUAGGGCAUUGAAGUCGUACGUCGGCGAGGAGAUCAAGACGAAAAUAGGGGAUGAGCUCACGCCGACCGUCGACUUCCUGACGACGCCCGGGAGCGUCAUGCUGCGUAGUCAGGACGCGCGACAAUUGCGCGGAGACAUCGAUGCUAUUCACGCGCUCUGUCAGGAAGGGCUUUUCGAGUUUGAGUCGAAAGCGCGGAUACGCUUCAAGAGCCUGUGACCUGCCUGUUCAGGUGCACAGCUCCAUCGCUCGAACAAGUAAGACAUGCUAUCGUUAAA